AUGUUCACCUCGGCGCUUAAGUCUUUUUCUGCCACCAACAUCACCGCAAACUACUCCACGUCGGAGCAUCCCACCUCUUCCGCCGGUCCUUGGAAGAUUUAUGAUGCCACCAAGAAGUCCACUGGCAAUGCAUACAGCGUCUUCGUCUUUGACAGGAGGACGUUAUCGAAUGGCAAUUCCCUAGGCCGAUCCGGGGCAGCCGGCUUCAAGCGCACUGUGGACGAGGUGGUUGAGCGCUUGAAGAAGGACGCUUCCAACUUGGCCAAGCUUCGGCACCCAUCGAUUCUAGAGCUAGUGGAACCGGUCGAGGAGUUGAGGAACGGUGUUUUACAGUUCGUGACUGAAGCCGUCUCCGCGUCCCUGUCCAGUGUGUUGCAGGAAAAGGAUGACCAGGAGCGAUCAGGAGGGAGGUCGAGUCGGUUUGUCACCGAGGAUGCAAGUGGCGCCAAAAAGCGGCGUGAGAUUGAAAUCGACGAACUUGAGAUCCAGAAGGGCCUGUUGCAAGUUAGCCAGGCUCUAGAAUUCUUGCACGAAAAUGCUGGUCUUGUUCAUUGCAACUUGACACCAGAUGCUGUGCUUAUCAAUUCCAAGUCUGAUUGGAAAAUUAGCGGCUUGUCUUUCUGCAGCCCGGCCGACAACUCAACGAAACCGACCUCGAUUCAAGGCAUAAGCUUGGGCGAGGUGCUGAAUAUGGACCCUCGAUUACCAAGACAUGUCCAGCUCAACCUCGACUAUACAUCUCCCGACUUCGUCAUGGACAACAACUUGACUCCAUCGGCAGACAUGUUCUCACUCGGCUUGCUUGCCAUCGCCCUGUACAACUCGCCGCACAAAUCCCCUCUCGAAAACCACGGUAGUGUUUCUUCAUACAAGAGGUUGUUUUCAUCGGGGUCCACCAUACCAUCUGCGUCCAACGGCUUUUUGUCAUCGCGACCCUUGCCAAAGGACCUAUCAAGCCACGUGUUGCCCAGAUUGAUCGCCAGGCGACCCGCCCAACGGAUGACCGCCCGUGAAUUCCAGGAAAGCGAGUAUUUCGACAACGUUUUAGUGUCGACAAUAAGGUUUCUGGAUUCCUUCCCGGCCAAGACCCCCAAUGAAAAGUCUCAGUUUAUGAGGGGCUUGAACAAGGUGCUACCGUCGUUUCCAAAGUCUGUAAUGGAGAAGAAGAUUCUGCCAGCGCUUUUGGAAGAGCUCAAAGACAGAGAUCUGCUUUCGCUGAUUCUUCAGAAUGUCUUUAAAAUAAUCGAACUGCUACCCUCUGCUCGACGAGCAUUCGGUGACAAGGUUCGUCCGGCUUUGAAGGAGAUAUUCGUGGUCAAUGCCAAGCAAGGACAAGAAAAAGACCCGGCUCGAGAUGCAGGAUUAAUGGUGUUUCUGGAAAACUUGUCCCUCGCCGCCGACAACUCUUCUGGAAAAGAGUUCAAAGACGAUAUUCUUCCUGUAAUAUUGGCCGCCAUUGAGUGUUCCACGCCUUCAAUCAUAGACGCUGCCUUGAGGACGUUACCUUCUGUUCUCCCCGUCCUCGACUUUAGCACCAUUAAGAAUGAGCUCUUCCCCGUGGUAGCUACAGUGUUCAGCAGGACGAACAGCCUGGCAAUCAAGGUCCGCGGCUUGCAAGCUUUUGUCAUCCUCUGCGGUGGAUCUACGGAUGCUGCAGCUGAUGACGGUCUGAACGGCCUGAUUGAAAAUAAAAAGACAUCUUCCUCCAGUGCGCUGGAUAAGUAUACCAUGCAGGAGAAAAUUGUGCCUCUAAUCAAGGCCAUCAAGACCAAAGAGCCAGCCGUCAUGAUGGCAGCUCUCAAUGCGUUGCGCAUCGUGGGUGAAUAUGCGGAUGCGGAUUUCGUAGCAAUGGACAUCCUUCCUAUUCUGUGGAGCAUGAGUCUGGGGCCUCUGCUGGAUCUGCGUCAGUUUCAGACAUUCAUGGAACUAAUUAAAACGCUGUCAAGAAGGGUCGAGGACGAGCAAACCAAGAAACUGCAAGAGUUGUCGGGCACGGCCAACGCAGGAACUGCCCGUCCCAACGAAGACUUCCUCGCAUUCGGUGGCGUCACCGGCACCACUUUUGACAGCAGCACUGGCGGGAAUGAGGAUGAUUUCGAAGCGCUGGUCAAGGGUAAAGGGGGCAUGUCGACGUCGUCCAACGGGAACAACGGCUUUCCCAGCUGGGACAAGACACCGUCCGUCAUGUCCCCGUCUACCACGACAAUCAGGAGUCCAUCCAGCACGCCGAAAACACCUUCAUUCUCAUGGUCUACACAGAACCCCACGAGUCCUUCGACGACGACGACGACGACGACGCAGCCCGCCAUGGGCAGCGGCCAACCGGGUUUCCGCACCGUCACGCCAGAUCUGGCGCGGUUCAGCACCCUCGCCCCGUCGUCAACACAAUACAGCCAACCGCUGCAGCCGACGCAGCCUACACAACCGUCCCUCCAACAGGCUCCGCAGCAAACCCCAUCAUCAAUCAACUGGUCCGCCACGGCAGCUGCAACCUCCAACCCAUGGGCUUCAUCCACAUCAAACUACUCCAACUACUCGAGCCAUACGUCCGCACAAUCAGGCUCCAGCUUCGGCGGCAUGAACACGUCCAUGUCCAACAUGUCCCUUGGGCAGCAGGCCCGACCUUCACUGGGCGGGAGCGACUCACGAAACUCUUCGUUUUCGCUGCCUCCCCCGCCAGGCAGCAGUUCUUCGCCAAACACCUUGUUCAGCAUCAAGCCGCCUCCGGCACCAGGCAGCUGGGGCGCGUCCACCACUCAGAGACCGAUGGCAUCGAUGGGCCAUUCCGGUCAGCAGAUGAAUAAUAACGCCGGAGGGAAAAAGUCUUCAGGGCUAGACAAGUAUGAAAGUCUGAUUUAG